AUGUUGAUAGCAUCCAGUUUUCUUGUGAAGGUGACCGGAGAUCUGAUUGCCUUGAGUAACGACAAAAUGGAUGAGGUUCCAGUAAUGGAUGCCUGUGGAGUUGUGGAAGAUGCCCAGCGAUCUGUUUGUGCACAGAUAGACCACCUGUUCUAUCGAGACGACAUGCGAGUGAAAAGUCCGAUGUACAUGCAAUGCGUGAUCCGUCAUCUGAUGUCACAUUUACACCGGGUGGAGUUUGAGGUUUGGCUUGCAAAACAAUUUGUGCGAACGUACUGCACCAACCAGCCGGACGAUUGUGCCACCCGAUUUGUGCAAAACAUGUUCCUCUAUCCGCGAGAAAAUCCUCCCAUACUGCCGUUCAUCGUGGAUUUGAAUGUCACCAAGCUGGACAUCCAGGGUACGCUCACACUGAAAUGA